ACUCGCUCGCCCGUAUGUUCGCGCGCGCGCGCGCGAGUGCGCGGCCACUUUAAUGUGAAAGUAAGUCUUACAGUUGACCGAAAACUGCGUGCCCGUCGCACUCUCGUCGGCUAUCCACGACCGACGUGCCAUGCCGUAGCGUGUUUCCGUCCGAUCGUGCGAUGUAUAUACCCGUACGGCUCCAAUCGACCGGUUCUACGGCCGCGGUCGACACGCUGUAAAAAAAAGAGAGAGAAAAAAAUAAAAAAGGGAGAUCCGUUCUAAUCGCUUCGCUAAUUAAUUACCGUAUCGACGCGCGAGUUGACUCAUCCACGGCACACGCAAUAUUUUAAUCGCGCGACGUACUCCUCAACUUUCUAUACACUUGUCCGACACUUUCGUCUCAAUCAAUCUUCUUCAUCGUCAGCUGUCCCUCAAGUUGCGCCUGUUUUUGAAGGAUUCGAUACCAGAGCGACAUUAGCAGCGAGACCGCAACAAGAAGAAGAAGUAAAAAGGAGAAAAGGGGAAAAUAAAAGUGGAAAUAGUGAAAGACAAGCAAAAUUUCAUGUAGGAGAAUCGAUCGUUGUUUCUCAAUCGGAUAGUAAUAAAAAUUGGUUGUUCCAGUCUACAGUUCUACAGUGUCCGGUGAAGUAAAGCUAUCUCAAUUUAAAUUGGACAUCCUCCCUUGCAGUAACGCAAAGUGUUCUACAUGGCAUUUCCGCAAUUUUAUUAGUUUGCUGCCUUUGAAAGAGGGUGCAAGUGCGCGCAAAUAUCGAAUCUUUUCUUGUCGAGCUUAAAAACUCUUCCGUUCAAGAUAAAGACGAGUAUAAGUGAUUACAGUGUGACGCGGAAAUUCAUAUCGGUAUAUAAUAAUAAUUUAUUUUCCUGUAUUAUUUUCGAGUGAAAUCGCUCGCGAUGCGUUGACGCAUUCUCGAAAGAUAUGUCACGUUUAUUUCGUGUAUUCGCCAAGUCGCAUACGGCUCCGUGCAGAAAAAUUUAAAGAGAUUUAUGCAUGAAUUGAAUUCCUUAUAGUCUGUAAUUAUGCGCGAAUGAGCAAGAUUCACCGUAUAAAUGAAUCUCAACCACGGUUUUAUUUACAUCCGCGCGACACUAUGUGAUAAAUCAAAGUGCACGUGCAAUAAGUGACGAGUGUGUACCAGAAGUUAGAUGUAUAUUCACACAUGCAACGAGGCUAGACAAAACGGAAGAGAGGAAGGAAGGAAGAAGAGUACACGAAAGCGUACAUGGAUUCGCGCGCAUUCGUCCAUUUUUUUCAUCGGAUUUCACGAUAAGUCGAACUUAAUUGUGAAUUGAAUGACUUUUUCGUACAUGUACCUGUCUACGUAACUAUGCGCUCGCGUCUUCAAACGUAGCUGCGUCGACGGUUCGAGGCUCUUUGAAAAUAUUACGAAUUCGCAGGACAUUAAUUGUAAUUAUGAAACGAACGGUGAUUGUUAUCGCGUGCGUUUUGGGCUUUGUCUUAGCGGGAAGUCCUAGAUUACCUCGAACAUCCGCUGAUCAGCGCAGCACGCGUAGUGCAAGCCAUAAUAAUACCGGCGCAACGCUACAGUCGUCUUCUCGCAAUUUGCAGCGAAAUAGAGAGCAAUACCUUUUCAACGUCUUCGAAGUAAUAGUAUCGACUUUGGAGUCCAAGUUACAGCGAAUCGAGAAUUUAGAUAAAGCGGUGGAGCAUUUGAUGAGAAGAGUAGAGGCUUUAGAUUCACGCGUAAACGAUAACAUUGACAAGACGGAUGCGGUCAUUACUAAACUUAGGACGUUAGAUUUGAAGCUCUUCAAUGCGUAUCCUAGCAUAGUUUCCGCGGAAACCGCAACGAGGAUUACCGAAAGUAAAAGCGGAAGUCAUACGGAAGAUGCUCCAUUAAUACGUAUGAUUCAUCAUGAUCAAAAUGACCAGUCGCCAGAAAACCUUGGCGAAAAAUUGAUUUCUCUGGAUCAGAAAGUUUCCGACAUCGAUCAUAAGCUUGUCAAUCUUAAGAAUCAGCUCGACAACAAUUUCUUACAAAAUGACGAUAUAAAUGCCGAGGCGAGUGAGAAGAAGCCUGUCAGUAUGAGUGUCAUCGAGAUCACCAAGGCUAUGAGUAACGAGGUGAUGAACCAUAUGACGCUCGAGAUUGAGAAUCUUAAGCAAGCGACAGGUAGUAUGGAUCGAAAGCUUCAAUUCCAUAUGAAUCUAGUGUCGGAUAAUCUCGGAGCGGUGUACAAUAUGAUUAGUGACGUGCACGAAGCUAUUGUCGAGAAAAAUCACGAGAACAAUCGGCACAAUCGUCUUAAUUUAACAACAACCGAAGCUCCGACGAAGCAAAGUAAAAUCGACCGUCUCGCCGAACAAAUGUAUCCGAUGCUUACCGUUUCGGAAAAAAUGGAUCAAGUUUGGAACGUAGUGAUGGGCACCAAGAGUUCAGUGGACGAUCUGCUGCCAAAAUCCGACGAAUUACUUACUCAGACUCAAAGGCAAGAGCGAGCGAUUAACGAAAUUCACGCCGAUCUACGAUCAAAAACGAAUAAAAUCAUUGAAAACCUCGAGGGCGUCGAGAGCCGCUUGAGGAAGCAGGAGGACGAUGUGGCCACUCUCGCGCAACGUCCGAUUCCAGCUGAAUUGUUACUGGACCCAACAAUCGAUCGACUCGUUGAAUAUGAUCCAAGCAGAUACGUCAGCGUGACCGAAGAUUUUGUAACGGAGAUGCCCACAUCUACGCUACCCACUAUCACACCGCCCUUGUCAACCACGACAUCGAUAUCAUCCGUUGCUUCACCCUCGAAUAAUCCUACUAGUUCCACGACACCCAUGACGGCAACAUCUUCGAGUACCGCGAGACCAAACAGUAGAAAUCGUGGAGUGAUAUUCCCGAGUGUUAAAAAUAAGCCCAGUUUAGCAAAUUCUACUUUCACAAGCGAAAUAUUAAUCAAUUAUAAGGAUAUCAAGGGAUAUUCUUGUGUGGAUUUAUUAAACGGAGGAAUGAGAGACAGUGGAGUGUACUACCUACAAAUACGCGGUACAACGUACUGGUUCCUUAAAGUCUUUUGUGAACAGGAAAUUGCUGAUGGUGGCUGGUCGGUUAUUCAAAGGAGAGAUGAUUUUGGAGAGCCAAGAGAGAACUUUAAUAGAGAUUGGUCAGAUUAUAAAAACGGAUUUGGAGAUCCUGCUAAAGAAUUUUGGCUAGGCAAUGAAAAUAUAUACAUGUUAACAAAUAAUGAAGAUUAUAUGCUCAGAGUUGAACUUGAGGACUUCGAAGGUAACAAAAGGUAUGCACAGUAUUCGCAUUUUAAGAUUUAUUCCGAGGGAGAGUAUUAUAAAUUGGAGAUAGAUGGGUACGAAGGAAAUGCCGGAGAUUCAUUAAACGAUCCUUGGUACGGGUCGAACAAUAGCCCAUUCUCUACGUACAACAGGGAUAACGAUAGAUCAUCCUUGAAUUGUGCUUCGAUGCUCAAGGGUGGUUGGUGGUGGAAGUCUUGUGGACGUGGCUUAAACGGUCUUUACUUAAAUGAUCCACAAGAUCUUACUGCACGACAAGGUAUCGUAUGGUUCCGUUGGAGAGGUUGGGAUUAUACUUUAAAACGUGCGUUGAUGAUGAUUAAACCAAAAGGACCAGCAACAACGACAACAACGACAACGGUAUAAAUAUUGGAAUUGUGUAAAGUUCGAAAUUUCUUACGCGACAUAAAAUAACAAUCUUGCACAUAGUACUUAAAUUAUGUAUUGCAAAUGCAUAAACACACUAUUAAUAUGGAAUUUUAAAGCA